AUGACAGUGAUACACGUUGACUAUGGAUUACAGUGUGAAUUAGACAAUAUUAAUAACAGCUCCACAUCCGACGCACUAAUUCAAAAGUCCGAUGCGAACGAAACAGCAAUAAAUGAAACGCUUUCAGAAGCGAUAGAGCUGAAAAAUAGUAUUCCAGGAAUUUUAAGAUAUUCGGCGGGUAGCAAUUUUUCUAAACGCGGCCAAGGCUUUACUCACGGACUUGUUGUUGAGUUUGAAGGCAAACAGGAGCUGGAAGCAUACUCGGGUCACCCCAUACAUGUACAAUACAAACAGAAUUAUAUUGCAAAAUAUGUGGAAGACAUCAUAGCCUUUGAUAUGGAACUAUAA